CCAUUGAAAAAAAAGCCAAGAAAGGAGGGAAGAAAGAGAAAUUUCCGAGAAGAGAACGAACAUCGUAGUUAGCGGCACGUGCUUUGUUGUGGAACACAGCCAGCCCCUUUUUUACGGUGGCUCUCUUUCUUCUUGCGGCCAAGAGACACCCCAACACCAAGAACUCCGGACCCUAUUUCAUCGCUCUCUAAAUCCAUUCCCCAAACCCAUUUCUGCCGCUUUCUUGCUUCUCCUUCACAUUCUUCCCCAAAUUCUUCCACCCAUCUCCCUCUUCUUCACAAAUGGCUGUUAAUUCGCCGACCCAUCUCGCCCCUCCGCCACUUCCAUCACUGUCUCGUUCCUCUUUCGCUUUCGUUUCUCGCAUCUUCUUGCGCCCUGCAUCGCCCUCUGCUUUCCCCUGGCGAACCCUUGUCUCACUUCGUGCCCAGCCCCCCAAUACUGAUGGCUAUGCUUCCAAGCAGCCCCUCGGUCUUGAGAAUUCCGAACCUUCCUUCCGCUCCACUGGUUCGCCCUCGUCUUCUUCGGUUAUUGACUUCCUCACAUUGUGCCAUCGGCUUAAGACUACAAAGAGAAAGGGUUGGAUCAAUCAUGGAAUAAAUGGUCCCGAAUCAAUUGCUGAUCAUAUGUACCGCAUGGCUCUAAUGAGUUUGAUAGCGGGCGAUCUUCCAGGAGUGAACAGAGAAAGGUGUAUCAAGAUAGCUCUUGUUCAUGAUAUCGCUGAAGCUAUUGUUGGAGAUAUAACGCCAUCUGAUGGUGUGCCAAAAGAAGAAAAGAGCAGAAGAGAGUCGGCAGCUUUACAUGAAAUGUGCCAACUUCUUGGUGGAGGCAUGAGAGCCGAAGAGAUCAAAGAACUUUGGGCUGAGUAUGAAAACAAUUCUUCUUUGGAGGCUAAUCUUGUGAAGGACUUUGAUAAAGUUGAGUUGAUUCUUCAAGCAUUUGAAUAUGAAAUAGAACAUGGGAAGGUGCUGGAUGAGUUUUUCCAUUCAACAGCUGGAAAAUUUCAGACUGAGGUAGGAAAGAGUUGGGCAGCUGAAGUAUUGACCAGAAGAAAUUCUAGACUGACAAACAGCCAUAAUUGAUCUUGUUCUGCUCAAAAUUCAAAGCCAAGUUCAUUUGUCUAUGAGUUUUGGCAUUUAAGAAGUAAGCGGGAAAAUUUGUUUGCUCAAAUUCAAAACCCAAUGUGUCAAAAGCCAUAUUGAAUUUUGAAUCAAAGUGCAGCAAAAUUUAAAGGCCUACUGAGUGAAUGAGUUGGCAGAUUUGUAAUGAAUGGAAAGCAGACUCUCCGUUGGUUCCAUUUCUAAAAUGGAGAAUGAGUGCUGUCAGAUCUAUUUGUUUUGAAAUGAAGGGGAGGUUUCUCUUCAUUUCAGAUUUGUUAUACAGCUAAAUUGAUAAUUAACAUUUAUGUAAUAUUAUCAUUUUUUAACAUUUUUA